AUGCAUUCGCUUGAUGCUAUAUCAAAAGUAUCCUCUUACAAUUACACUAGACAGAUCUUGCAAGGGCUGAAGUAUCUUCAUGACCGAAAAGUGAUUCACAGGGACAUUAAAUGCGCAAAUAUUUUGGUGCAUGCUAAUGGAUCUGUGAAGCUUGCUGACUUUGGAUUGGCAAAUGUUUCUCAUUCUAUUAUCGAAACUAACGACAUUAAAUCUCGCCAAGGAACUGCAUACUGGAUGGCCCCUGAGGUUGUCAAUCAUGAAAGUCCAGGUUAUGGCCUUCCAGCUGAUAUUUGGAGUCUUGGAUGUACUGUGUUGGAGAUGUCAACUGGGAUGCUUCCGUACUCUAAUUCCGAACAGAUGCAGGCACUAUGGCAAAUCGGAAAUGGGGUGCCCCCACUUGUUUCUGAUUCUCUUUAAGAUUCGGCGCGACAUUCCAUCCAUGUAUGCUUAAAAGUUAAGCCAAGUGAUCGUCCCACUGCUGCUCAGCUUUUAAACCAUUUAUUUGUAAAUAGGCCCUAGCAAUAAGUUGUGAUGGUAAUGAGGUAAAUUCCAGUGAUUUAACUGCUUCAUAGUGCCAUGGCUGCCAAUAUUUUGGUAGUAUAUAUUGGAAGGAAAAUCCUGGCUUGCAUUCAUGAUAUACUUGCAAUUUUUUGAUGGCCAUGGCCGAAGUACUGAAGUAGUAUGCAAGCAUAACUUUCAUCACAAUUCCAUAAUCACCUGCGCUCGGUUUCGACCACUUGACAUACAUGGCAUGCAUCAUGUGUCUGGCUACUCGAACCCUUUCCUUGAGAAUAUAUGGAGGUAACUCAAAUAAAUGUGGCAAGAGAAUGAAGUAAAUGAGAAAAACUUAAACAGCAGUCGGAUAGCAACUUUUGAACAUCCCCAUUUAGAUAAACAAGGGCACUCUGUUCAGAUAGAUUCACGAAUUUGAUUGUUUCCUUCUUUGAUUGUCUCAUCAUUCAUUCUUUCUUUGUUUGUUCUUCUUUUUGUAAAUUAUGAACGACCGGACGACAUUUAACUCCAGUUUUUUACCAGUAAUGGAGAACUACUAAUAACUUGGAACCCGACAAGUACUGAUUGGACCACUGGCCAGACAGAACGAGGAGAUAAGGAAUACAAAUGAAGGUAUAGAUUACAUGCAUGCAUUUCACUCCAAUUUGGACCUGCGUAAAACCAAGAAUGAAAUAAUCACAUUUAUGAUUCUAUACAUCACAUGACAAAAUACUGGUGUGAUAUCUGAUGUCAAGUUCUAAGAGAAUUGUAUUA